AUGGUAGAUUGGUCUACCUUACCGGAGGAGCUCCUCCAUUUUAUCGCCGCCCGAUCGUUCUCCCUAGUUGAAUACAAGCGUUUCAGCAGCAUCUGUGUAUCAUGGCACUCCUCUGUCUCCGGCGUGAAGAAGAAUCCUUUCCAUAGGCGCCCUCUCAUUGACUUCAACCCCAUCGCCCCAAGUGAGACCCUUCUAGAGGACCAUGUCUUCAGCUGCAACCCCGGCGCGUUCCUCUCACGUGCAGCCUUCUUCCGAGUCACUCUCUCCUCCUCUCCGAGUAAGGGCUGGAUAAUCAAAUCCGACAUGGACACCAACUCCGGGAGAUUCCAUCUCCUCAACCCUCUCUCACGUUUUCCAUUGCGUAUUUCUUCCGAGAGCCUUGAUCUUUUGGAUUUCACUGUCUCCGAGAUUCAAGAAUCUUAUGCGGUUCUUAAGGACGCCAAGGGAAGACUACCGAAUCCAGGAUACCAAAGAAGUGCUCUUGUCAAAGUGAAGGAAGGAGAUGAUCAUCAUCAUGGAAUUCUCGGAAUCGGUAGGGAUGGAACAAUCAACUACUGGAAUGGAAAUGUCUUGAACGGAUUCAAACAAAUGGGUCAUCACUUCUCCGACAUUAUAGUUCACAAAGGAGUAACUUACGUCUUGGAUUCAAAAGGCAUCGUUUGGUGCAUUAAUUCCGAUCUUGAAAUGUCAAGGUACGAAACUUCACUCGAUGAAAACAUGACUAAUGGCUGUAGGAGAUAUUACAUGAGAUUUGUGGAUUGCUGUGGAGAGCUUUACGUUAUCAAACGCCUCCCCAAAGAGAAUUCUCGAAAGAGAAAAUCGACCUUAUUUCAAUUUUCAAGAACGGCUGGUUUCAAGGUUUACAAGAUAGAUAAGGAAUUAGCCAAAUGGGUAGAAGUUAAGACCUUGGGAGACAAUGCAUUUGUGAUGGCUACCGAUACUUGUUUCUCGGUUUUGGCUCAUGAGUAUUACGGAUGCCUCCCAAACUCUAUUUACUUCAUUGAGGAUUUAGAGCCUAAGGUGUUCCAGCUAGACAAUGGUAAUGGAAGUAGUAUCACCAGAAAGUCGGAAUCUUCCGAGAGUUCCUUCGAAAUGUUUUUUCCUAGCUUUCUUUGA